CUCUCUCUGUCUCUCUCUUCCUCCCCCCUCUCUCUCCCUCUCCCCUCUCUCUGUCUCCAUCCUUCCCUCUCUCUCUCUCUCUCUCUCUCUCUCUGUCUCACACACACCGACACGCACGCGCGGCACCGUGGCCGGCUGCGAUGAUGUCACGCAGCUGAACAAGCUUCCGCGGACACAAACUUUUGCCACCGCCCACCGAGCAGGCGCCCAGCGCCGGCUCUCAUGUGGAGCGCAGCGGGGACGAGUGGACGCACGCGCCCCCUGGAGGUCCCGGGUCCGGUCGGUUCCGCCUAGAAACUUGGCGAUUCGCUCCUCCGCCUCGCGCCGACGGAGUGCCGAGAUGUGGUCGCUGUCCGCGGUGCUGAACCCGCUGCUCUUCCUCCUGCUCUUCGGCUCCUGCCCGACCGUGACGGUGCGGCCGAAGGAAGGCUGGCAGGUCUACAGCUCGGCCCAGGACGCGGACGGACGCUGCGUCUGCACGGUGGUGGCCCCGGAACAGAACCUGUGCUCCAGAGACGCCAAGGGCCGUCAGCUGCGCCAGCUCCUGGAGAAGGUGCAGAACAUGUCGCAGUCCAUCGAGGUGCUGAACCUGAGGACGCAGCGCGACUUCCAGUACAUCAUGAGGAUGGAGAGCCAGAUCAAAGGGCUGCGCUCCAAGUUCCGUCAGGUGGAGGCAGACCGCAGGACGCUGCUCGGCAACUUCCAGGAGCUGCAGGGGAAGAUGGAGGCGCUGCAGCCGCUGAUCCCCGUCCUGGAGCAGUACAAGGCGGACGCCAAGCUCAUCUCCCAGUUCAAGGAGGAGAUCCGGAACCUGUCCCGCGUCCUGAUGGCCAUCCAGGAGGAGAUGGGAGCCUACGACUACGAGGAGCUGCAGCGGAAGGUUCUGUCUCUGGAGAGCAGGCUGCACAGCUGCAUGAGCAGGCUGCCAUGCGGCAGGUUGAUGAAGAUCACUGGACCUCAGACGGUCAAGACUUCUGGUACCAGAUUCGGAGCCUGGAUGACCGACCCCCUGGCACCGCUGAAGGCCAACAGAGUCUGGUACAUGGACGGCUACACCAACAACAAGAUCGUGAAGGAGUUCAAGUCCAUGUCGGACUUUGUGGCCGGCGUGGAGUCGAGGAGCUACAACCUGCCGUUCAAGUGGGCCGGAACCAACCACGUGGUCUACAACGGCUCGCUGUACUACAACAAGAUGCAGAGCAACAUCCUGGUGCGCUACAGCUUCGAGACGGGCCGCGUGGUGACGCAGCGGGCGCUGGAGGCCGCGGGCUUCCACAACGUCUACCCGUACACCUGGGGCGGCUUCUCCGACAUCGACCUGAUGGCGGACGAGUUGGGCCUGUGGGCGGUCUACGCCACCAACCAGAACGCGGGGAACGUGGUGAUCAGCCGGCUGAACCCCGACACGCUGCAGAGCCUGGACACCUGGAGCACCGAGUACUCCAAGCGCAACGCCGGCGAGUCCUUCAUGAUCUGCGGGACCCUCUACAUCACCAACUCCCACCUGACGGGCGCCAAGGUCUACUACGCCUUCUCCACCAAGACCUCCAGCUAUGAGUACACGGACAUCCCCUUCCACAACCAGUACUUCCACCUGUCCAUGCUGGGCUACAACUCCAGGGACCGCGCGCUCUACGGCUGGAACAACGGCCACCAGGUGCUGUUCAACGUCACGCUCUUCCACGUCAUCAAGACCGAGGACGACUCGUAGAGGGCAGAAGCUUCCUCCUGAAGAAACGGUCCAAAGAGUCAUGGCUUUUAGUUUCCAGAGAAAUCUGCCCCACAAUAGUCUUGUUUAUGUAAGUUUUUAACAAAGUCACAAAAAUUAUUUUAUUAAAAAAAUAUAUUUUAAUUUUGAUUUUAUUUUGAUUUUAAUUUUUAUUAUAAUUUUUAUUAUAAUUUUUAUUAUAAUUUUUAUUUUAAUUUUAAUUUUUUACUAACCCUAACCCUAACCCUUGUCCUAACCUUAACCCUAACCUUAACCUUAACCCUAACCCUAGUCCUAACCCUAACCUUAACCCUAACCCAACCCUAACCCUAACCCUAACCCUCUAACCCUAACCCUAACCUUAACCCUAACCCUAACCUUAACCCUAACCCUAACCCGAACCCUAGUCCUUAACCCAACCCUAACCCUAACCCUCUAACCCUAACCCUAACCCUAACCCUAACCCUAAACCUAACCUUAACCCUAACCCUAACCCUAACCUUAACCCUAACCCUAGUCCUAACCCUAACCCUAACCCUACCCUAACCCUAACCCUAGUCCUAACCCUAACCCUAACCCUAACCUUAACCCAACCCUAACCCUAACCUUAACCCUAACCCUAACCCUAGUCCUAACCCUAACCCUAGUCCUAACCCUAACCUUAACCCAACCUUAACCCUAACCCUAACCCUAGUCCUAACCCUAACCCUAACCCUAACCUCAACCCUAACCCUAGUCCUAACCCUAGUCCUAUUUUUAUUUUUAUUUUUAUUUUUAUUGGACGGAUCUGGACCAGCUUCUUUCUUCAUGAACAUUUUUGUAAAGUCAGAGUCAAGUGAACUCACAAGCAUUUUUUUUCCAAAACACAUUUUUCUCUUCGCUGACGUGGGCGACUGCCCGAGACGGACAAAGACACUCACGCUCUCCUCCAUCGACUUCUCUUCUUCAAUACUUCCUGUUAUGACUCUCACACCUUUCUGAUCCCGUUCAGACUGAAGCUGGACGUCCAAGUGUCUCGCGAUGUUUGGUUUGGACGAGAUGACAGUGGGAAACAUGCUAAUAAACUCACGGUUUACAUUUCAUGUUGUCUUUUUUCAAUUAUAAUAAUUUAUGUAAAAA